UUACCCGAAAAAGUUUUGCGGGACAGAAGAAGGGGGUUUAGCAGCACUACCCUGUUUUAGCUUAACGUUAGUCGUACUUUUCUUGCUUUUACUUUCUUACAAGCCGCCGAACAACCCUGAACCGUUUCUUACGCCGCAAGCCAGCUGCAAUCCCUCCAAGAUCGGCCAAGAGCCUUUCUCUCACAGGGCCGGUCGUCGACUUGGGCGUGCGCGAGUUUGCUCAGCCUCUUGCCUGUUUCUACCACGCUCGGGUACCACUUCCGGGUCCCGUAAGUCCCGUUCAGCUGCCCUUGCCCGGGGUCAAGGUCCUGGUUUCCAGGGCCAAGAAGCGCGCGAGUUCGAUCACCCUGCAGUCGCGAAGGCCAACCUUGAACCUGCCCUCCCGCCCAAGAAGGCCUAGGCAGGCGAAGUUUGGCUGCCGAGGUCGCGCCGUAGAGCUAACAACCUCUGCUCCGAGUCUGACGAGCCACUUGAGCGACACGGAAGGGGGAGGCGACACCACCAAAUUGUCACAAUGGACGGAGCGGCACAAGGCGAGACAAGGGAGCAACAGGAAGCGGCCCCCGCUGCAGCACCGCCGCCGCCGUCGCCAACUCGAGAGCCGCGGGAGCGCGAUCCGGAUUCGCCGGGUACGGUCGCAUCGGAUGCGGCGCGAGAGCCAGCGGCAUUACCGAAAGCUGCAACCUCGGCCGCGAGUCCGCUAGCGAGCGCGGCAGCCGUGGACGAUGGCGCGACACCACAAGCCCGGCCAGCAGAUCCGGCGACCAUCACGGACACGGCGCCCGCAAGUCCCUCACUCGGUCUGCGGACUGGGGGCGAGGCACCCUCAGACGAGCAGCCCUCCGCGGGCCAGUCGAUGCCGCCGAGUUCCAAUCCGCCAGCAGCCAGCCCGAGCCAAGCAGGCCAGGGCCAAAACCAGGCCGCGAACAGAGAAGCGCUGCGCUGGACAGACCCAAUCACGAUUACGGCCGACGGGCCGGGAACUGCCCAGUCUUCUCAGCGUGCCAAAUCCCCACAGCGGCCGCUGGAGCACGCACAGCAACAACCCUUGGGGCCGCCACUACCACCGCCGCCACAAUUGCAGCAACAACAGCACCAUCUUCAGCAGCCCCAACACCUGCCGGUGCCGGCACCCCCGCCCCCAGCCCCGUCCUUCCAGCAGGAGCCCGGGUCGGGUUUGCAACAACAAUCCCGUCCGCGAUCGCGGUCACCGCCGCAGCUGCUCCCGCGGGCGCAACCACACCAGUACCCGCAGCACGACGCGCGACUCCAUUCGCAUGCAUCGCCGGCGCCGGCGCCGUCGCAGUCGCAGUCGCACAUUCAACAGUCGGCCCCACCAUACCCACAGGCACAGGCACACGCGCAAAUGCAAAUUGCGCCCCAGCAUCAGCAGUCGCAUCAUCAACAACUUCAAGAGCAGCAACAUCACCAUCCUCCUCAUCACCAUCAACCGCCACUGCUGCCGCCGCCAUCGUCCGCGCCCGUGACGCCCUCCACACCCUCGUCCCAGCAGAGGUCGCACUCGUUACAUGAAGUGAAUCGCGCUAUCAUCUCGAAGCCGGUCAUCAUGGACCCACCCACGGCUCGGAAACAAGCCCAGCCACAGUACCACGCCGGCGCCAUGGGCUUCCCUUCGCCGACCCGGGACUACGCCACUGUUAAUCCCAAGUUCCUCGAUGACUUCACCCGCAUCAAAUUUGCCAUUCAGCAGAGCGUGCCCGAGGCUGUUCGUCGUGUCGUCCGCGAUCACUGGGAAAAGUGUCUGCUCGGCUCCGAGUUCCAUCAAGCCUUUAUCCUGAAUGCUUCCAUUCACCAUGCAACCCCCUCUAUUACGCAACGCGCAGUUCGAGACUUCGGAGGCAAGAUGGUCGCCGAGUCAAAACACGAGAUCAUCGGCCAUUUUACCACCGAAGCGCUGGACGAGGUCGCCGAUCUCAUCAUCAGCAAAGCGAGCGACAGUUUUCUGGACAAAUGUCUUGCGAAGCGCCUCUUGACCAUCGAGGCAAAACCGCUCAUCAACGCUCUCGCCGCUGCCGAGCGCCUGGGGUACGAGCCUGGCGACAUAGUUGAGGACGAGAAGCUCGAGCGGGCGAUGCCUCAGGAAGCCUACCCUGGAGCAACCGCCGCGGCCAAUGGCCAUCUCGCCGGCCCAGCUCAAGCGCACCCUCUAUACCCGCAGCCUGGGCAAGCCCAGCUCCAAUGCACGAAGUGCUUCCGGACGUUUGUGCACACCUCGGCGUUCGACUACCAUACAAGACACGACGUCUGCAGCCAGAUUCCGCCAACAACCAAUGGCUUCGAACACUCGUGUCCUCACUGCGGGCAGGGCUUCACGAAUAUUGUCGAACUUCAAGGGCAUCUCCAUCACCAAGUCUGCGGAAACCCAGAGCAGCCACAACCGGCCCGCCGCGGCCGAAAGCCGAAAUCGUCGCUGGUAUUCCAGGCCAGUCCACCACCAGUUACCACUCCAUCCGGUGCCCGACCGGCACCCGCAAAUGGGACUCCCAGAACGCUGCAGCAGUCGACUCCGACGCACUUUAGCCUGGCCCGGCCCGCGGCAUCAACCCCCGGCUCGGCGGGCUCGGGCAUUGCCGCCGACCCAUAUGCGCACCUGAGCGAGCGUCAGAUCCGGCUCAUGAACGAGGAGCUAAAGGCAGCAGAGGAGAAGUACGCCCCCCGCUUUGCGGAGGCGAACCUUAUUGCCGACGAAAACUUGCGGCGUUUAAGGAUCGAGGGACUCCGGAACAGCUUCGGCACCAAGCAAUCCAUGAUCCGCAAGAAAUUCGGUGUCCGCCUGCGCGAGAGACGCACCAAGGCCGAGAUCCUUGCGGAACGCGAGCGCCUCGGCCUCAAGAAGGCCGAGAAGGAGAAGGAGAGAGAGCUGGCCAGGGCGGCGGCCAGCGGCGCACAGCAGCCGCACACCUCGAGUCCGUCGCCCAACGCGGACUCGGCCUCGCGCCCCGCAGGCAGCAGCGGAUGGACCGCGGCGAACACACCGCGGGCAAACGCCGCCUGGGACGAGCACGAUGCCAAGCGUCGCCGGACGGAUGACGGCGGCGGCUAUCAGUCGCCGUACAAAUCCCUGGCCGAUGAGACGCCGACGCGCAAGACUCAGUCAGGGUCCCUGGCCGCGGGAGGGAGCUCAUCUGCGCCCGCUUCCGCCCAGAACUCGACCGCCCUCGCCGCGUCGCAACCGACAAGAGUCUACGAGCAAUCGGGCGCCCGAGUGGAGAUCCACGAGCCGUCCAAGACCGACAAGCCCACAAACGGGCCGUCAGCCGCCGGACAAGCUCCCGAGUCCACUACCCCGAACGGUUCCGACCGCGCAGCCUCUAACGGACGCGAUGCCGGCUCCAUCACCACCCGCGCUCCAUCCUCCGAGAACCAGCCGGUCGUCAUCGACGAUGUCUCGUCUUCGGACGACGACGACGACGAGGACAUCCCCUCAACGUUGCCCACCCACGUCCGGAAGAGCCUGGCGUCGAAGAGCACCACCUCCCCGCGCCGGCAGACUCCGUAGUGGGGGAGUCUUCUCGCAAGGGUUGACCGGCGCUCGAACACCGAGUCGAUAAAUUAAGCGCUUUCAUUUCUCUUCUACAUAACUAUAUCCCCUCGCCUACCUUACGUUGCUGUAUAGUAUCGGUCACGUUGC